GCAGAUUUCGACUGCGCUCUCAUAACACUACCUGCCAGCGGCUCAGGCACAGCUGCUUCCUUCUAUUUCCCUUUGUGCAACCACCGCCUCAUCGAUCUCACAGGACUACGGACGGAGGCAUGGCACGGAAAUCGUCAACACCCAAGCUGCCUCCAAAUGCUGCUAUCUACCCUCUCACCUUUAUGGACAUGCCAGCUGCACUGGCAAGCAUGGUGAAAGCAUGGAUCGUCGAAGGCAUUGUCGAAACAGAGAAGAUCCGCGAGGCGCUCGAUCGAGUUGUCGAGAAGUGGCCUACCAUGGCUGGUCGAGUGGAGAUGAUUGGAAAACGACGUUACCUAGUCCAUGUCCCAACCGCCCUCUCCGACUUGCGUGAAGACUACGAAACGUACUGCGUCACUUCCCGAACCUCCUCCGUCCCGCUUUCACAUUUCAUUGAACUGCCAUUGGGGACGUUCUCGCCAUGUCCGCCGGUCUCGCUCUUCAUCCCUGACGACGGCAGACACAAACUCGGUUCCUUGGCCGACUACGCAAAAAACGGCACACCGAUUACCCACUGGCACUUCACCUACUUCCCGCCUGGCCCCGAGAACGGGGAGUUGGGGUACACCUGCAUCGGAGUGACCUACUCUCACGGGCUCUUCGAUGCCGUCGGUAACUCGAUGUUCCUUCAUGCGUUGGACGCCGAGCUCAAUGGAAAGGAAUGGACGGUGCCGUGGUACCCUUCGACCCCUGGCCUACACCCGAACCCACUGCAGGAGAUUUUGGACGAGGAGCUGGAGAAGCUGUUGGAGGAUAAGGAGAGAAAUGAAGCGCUGGACGCAUUGUUACCUUGGACGGAAGCAGGAUCCAAACCCGGUUCCCCAGCGACUUCACGCUCUGGCUUCCCCGAAGACUUGAGACGGUACCCUCCACCGAUGAAAAUCGUAAACCUUCUCCAAAUCAUCGUGUGGUUGAUUGGAUUGUUCAUCCAGAAAUGGGUCUAUGGUGCUUCGACAACACAUGUGGUCCUCCCUCGCGACAUCCAUACACGACUGGCGAACGAAACGAGGAAGGAGGCCGAGGACAAUGGGCUGACGGACACGAGGAUUUCGGGUGGGGAUGUUGUUUUGGCUUGGCUUCUUCAGUCGUUGUACAAGGACGACCCUAAUAGGAAUCGAACCGUCAGCCUAGGCAAUGUAGCCUCAAUUCGUUCGACAUACCCCGCCAAACUAUCCAAUUACCCUCACAACAGCGUCACGUCCAUCUCCUACCCCAUCUUCACGACUUCUCCAUCUCCCUCCCCUUACCUUCACUCACUAUCCUCUCAACCUCUCUACCAAAUCGCCUACACCCUCGCCAAAACCCGUGCCACCACCUCUCGCGUGGACGACUUCCUUAUCAGCUACAAAACCAGCCAGAUCGUCGAUGCGCAGUGGCUUGGAGGGCUUGCACUUCCAGUGACGGAGAGGACGGACGAGACGAUGCUGAUGACGAAUGCCAGCAUCGCGAGGAUAGCGUUCUUGGGCUGGGGUCCGGCGAUGAAAGGUGGAAAGGGAGGGAGAACGCUCACGCAUUAUCGAUUGUCGCCUUCCCCUAUCCCAGUCGUCAACAUCCUCUUUACGAACGGUUGGUUAGAGAACGGAGACCUGGUGCUGAAUAUUUCGGUCACCAAGGACAAGAUGGACAGGGUAAAGGCUGAGUUUGGGAAGCUCGUGGAGAGGUUUGGAAAGGGAGGAGACAGCUAG